AAUUUUAUAAAUGCAAUCAGAAAAAGAUGGAAAAAGGAGAUAUGAAUGCACUCUAUGUGAAAAAAAAUUUCAUACAAAAUAUAACUUAGAUAAUCACAUGAGGGUUCAUACUCGUGAGAAACCGUUUGUAUGCGAUAUUUGCGAUAAAAAAUUCUCUCAGUCUUCAAAUUUACUAAUUCACAAAAGAAAACAUUUUGGAGAAAGACCAUUCAAAUGCAACUACAAAGACUGUAAAUACGCUGCAAAAACGAAAGAUAAUUUGAUGCAACAUGUCAAUCGAAUACAUCUAAAAAUUCCACCAAAAAAAGUUUAUAAAUGUGAUAAAUGCGAUAGAAGUUUUGAAUGGUUAUCUACUUUGACAUUACACCUAAUAUCUCAUGGAAAAAAACGAGCAUUUUCAUGUGAUAUUUGUGAAAAAACUUUCAAAUAUAAAAGUCAUUUAAAUAAACACUUGAAGACAGUACAUCGACAGGAACAAACCGAAUCUUUUUCCAAAAAAAGUACAGAACAUGGCCAAGAAGUGCAAUCAGAUUUUUUUCAGACACCAUCAACAAGUUCUGAAGCAAGAGGAUCAAUUCAAUAUGAACAAGUGGCUUUAGAAAAGAGUAUUUUCACACCAGAAGAAGCUGAAGAAUUUCUUAAAGAUAUUAACAUCAAUUUAGAAAUUAGAAAGUUUGAAACAUCCUCACAACUGGAAUUAUUUUCAGAGACUGAAACCGGUGAAGAUAAAUUCGAAUGUCAACUUUGCGGACAACAAUUUUCUGACGAAAUUUCUUUAAAGGAACACGACAAACAAUUCCACCAAUCGAAUUAACU